CUUCCACGAACAAGUGCGUUUAUUUUUUUCUUUUUUCAACUUCCAUCCAAUAAGCUUUGAAAAGAAAUGCGAAUUUUCCGAUUCUAAUGGCAGAUGCAUGUUUUAGCAUUGCCUAGAAAGAAAAGGAAAAACUGAAACCAAAAUGCACACACUCUCACGCACCGCAAUACACACACACAGAAUUAGUUACGCAAACACAUAGAAUAAAAGAGAGUCUGUUUCAGAUCUGAAAGAAAGUUUUGAUCCUCGGUCAAAGCACAAAAAAAAAAGAGAAAAAAAAAAUCAAUUUCUGUUUGUUUCCCGGGAAAAUUUAGAACUAUGGAGAAGUUCAUAGAGAACUUGCCCCCCAUGGAUCUGAUGCGCUCCGAGAAGAUGACCCUUGUCCAGCUCAUCAUCCCCGCCGAGUCCUCUCACCGAGCCGUCUCUUACCUCGGCGAACUCGGCCUCCUCCAAUUCCGUGAUUUAAAUGCUGAUAAAAGCCCUUUCCAACGAACAUUUGCUAAUCAGGUGAAGAGAUGUGCAGAGAUGUCAAGAAAGCUACGAUUCAUUAAAGAUCAAAUUAGUAAAGCCAAUCUACUAUCUUCUAUGCGUCCUGUUAUGCAACCCGAUAUUGAGCUGGAAGAAUUAGAGAUACAGCUUGCUGAGCAUGAGCAUGAGCUAAUUGAAAUGAACUCUAAUAGUGAGAAACUUCGACAAUCGUAUAAUGAGCUCCUGGAGUUCAAGAUAGUAUUGCAAAAGGCAGGAGACUUUCUUGUAUCAAGUGGUAGUCAUGCAGUUUCAGAAAGAGAAUUAGAUGAGAAUGUAUACUCAAACAAUGACUAUGUUGAGACAUCGUCAUUAAUUGAACAGGAGAUGAGACCUGGAAGAUCAGACCAAUCAGGUUUGAGAUUUAUUAGUGGGAUUAUAUGUAAAUCCAAAGCUCUUAGAUUUGAAAGGAUGUUGUUUCGUGCGACGAGGGGCAAUAUGCUUUUCAAUCAGGCACCAGCAGAUGAAGAUAUUGUGGAUCCUGUAUCACGUGAAACGGUUGAGAAAACAGUAUUUGUAGUCUUUUUUUCAGGGGAGCAGGCAAGAACAAAGAUUCUUAAAAUUUGUGAAGCAUUUGGGGCGAACUGUUAUCCUGUUCCUGAAGAUAUUACUAAGCAGAGGCAAAUAACUAGAGAAGUUUCAUUACGUCUUUCUGAUUUGGAGACCACUUUGGAUGCUGGGAUCCGUCAUCGAAAUAAGGCCCUUACUUCCAUAGGCAUGCACCUGGUGAAAUGGAUGAACAUGGUAAGAAGGGAGAAAGCUGUAUAUGAUACAUUGAAUAUGCUAAAUUUUGAUGUGACAAAAAAAUGUCUUGUUGGAGAGGGCUGGUGUCCUAUAUUUGCAAAGGCUCAGAUUCAGGCUGCACUGCAACGUGCGACAUUUGAUAGCAGUUCACAAGUGGGCAUUAUAUUUCACACGAUGGAUGCUGUAGAAUCACCUCCCACAUAUUUCAGAACUAACAAAUUCACAAAUGCAUUUCAGGAAAUUGUCGAUGCAUAUGGUGUCGCGGGAUAUCAAGAAGCAAAUCCUGCAGUUUACACUGUUAUUACAUUUCCAUUUCUUUUUGCUGUGAUGUUUGGGGAUUGGGGUCAUGGAAUAUGCUUGUUGCUGGGAGCAUUAGUUCUCUUAGCUCGUGAAAGUAAGCUUAGUACACAGAAACUUGGAAGCUUUAUGGAGAUGCUAUUUGGUGGGCGUUAUGUACUUCUUUUGAUGUCACUAUUUUCAAUUUACUGUGGGUUGAUUUACAAUGAAUUCUUCUCGGUUCCUUAUCACAUAUUUGGUGGUUCUGCUUACAAAUGCCGAGAUACUACGUGCAAGGAUGCGUACACUGUUGGCUUAGUCAAAUACCAAGAUGCAUACCCAUUUGGUGUGGAUCCCAGUUGGCGUGGAAGCCGUUCGGAGCUGCCUUUCUUGAAUUCUCUGAAAAUGAAGAUGUCUAUUUUGUUGGGCGUGGUCCAGAUGAACUUAGGAAUUAUAUUAAGUUACUUCAAUGCACGUUUUUUUAGCAGCUCACUGGACAUAAGGUACCAGUUUGUGCCUCAGGUGAUCUUUCUUAACAGCCUUUUCGGGUAUCUUUCACUUCUUAUCAUCAUAAAGUGGUGCACCGGUUCUCAGGCAGACCUCUAUCAUGUAAUGAUAUACAUGUUUUUGAGUCCCACUGACAAUCUUGGUGAGAAUCAGUUAUUUUGGGGCCAAAGACCGCUUCAGAUUAUUUUGUUGCUUUUAGCUCUUAUUGCAGUUCCAUGGAUGCUUUUUCCAAAACCUUUUAUUUUGAAGAGGCUUCACACGGAGAGAUUCCAAGGCCGCGCCUAUGGCAUUCUUGGUACCUCUGAGAUGGAUCUUGAUGUGGAACCUGACUCUGCAAGGCAACAUCAUGAGGAGUUUAAUUUUAGUGAGGUCUUUGUGCACCAAAUGAUACACUCCAUAGAGUUUGUUCUUGGUGCUGUUUCAAAUACGGCAUCAUAUCUUCGACUGUGGGCUUUAAGCUUAGCUCACUCAGAAUUGUCGACUGUUUUCUAUGAGAAAGUCCUCCUCCUUGCCUGGGGGUAUGACAACAUUGUCAUCCGGUUAGUGGGGCUAGCUGUUUUUGCCUUUGCGACUGCUUUUAUUCUACUCAUGAUGGAGACUCUUAGUGCUUUUCUUCAUGCCCUGCGUCUUCAUUGGGUGGAAUUUCAAAACAAGUUUUAUCAUGGUGAUGGCUACAAGUUCAGACCUUUCUCUUUUGCCUCCUUAAGUGAGGAUGAGGAUUAAUUCACCCAUCCAUAAAUCCUUUUGCUUUUAGUUUCUGGAAAGAAAUAUAGUAUAGAGAGGUGGGAGCAUCUACGACAAUAGAAGAAGCCUAAUUGGACAUUUGUCCUGUUUUGGCUGGCAAAGAAUUGGCACUGCUUUGCUAACACUGCUUGAUUUUGACUUAGUAAAAUCGUGGCUCAUAUUCUUUGGAUUUAUUGCAUAAAAAGGUUCUGCUUAACCUUCCUUUGAGAGAUAAUUCUCUUCUUUUUCAGAUGAAAAGAAAUAUUUUUUUGGGGGUUGAAGGCUUAGAUUCGCAUUUUGUAAAGAUGAGUUGGAGAUACAUGCAGCAUUCCUGGAUUUUGGGUCUUUGGGGAUAUGCAGGUUUACAAAAUUUUGUAUACACACACAAAAGCUCGAUUCUGUUAGGAUUCUUUGUAAUUUUUCAAUGUAUUGGUUAAUCACAGUUCUACUAAGCCCCAUUUUUGUAAGGAUCUAUUAUUUAGAUAAUCCAAGUUAAUUCUAUCUGCCUACAACCA